UCUCACCGUGACGGACUCUGACGGCGCCACAAGCUCCACUGUGGCCACGCUCUCCGUCAACAAAGCCAAGGACUACCAGCCCGUGGCCAACGCCGGGCCCAACCAGGUGAUCCAGCUGCCGAGGAACUCCGUCACCCUGUACGGGAACCAGAGCACGGACGACCACGACUACCUGUCCUACGAGUGGUCCCUGAGCCCCGAGAGCAAAGACAAGGUGGUGGAGAUGCAGGGUGUCCGAACGCCGAUCCUGCAGCUGUCCGCCAUGCAGGAGGGAGACUACACCUUCCAGCUGACCGUCAGCGACUCGGCGGGACAGCAGGAUACGUCCAAGGUCACCGUCAUCGUGCAGCCAGAGAACAACCAGCCGCCGGUGGCAGACGCCGGGCCGGAGAAGGAGCUGACUCUGCCCGUGGACAGAACCACGCUGGACGGCAGCAAGAGCCGCGACGACCAGAAGAUCUCCUCCUACCACUGGACCAGAACCGGCGGUCCAGACGGGGUGAAGAUAGAAAACGCAGACGGUGCUGUUGCCACGGUGACGGGUCUGGAGGUGGGCUCGUACGAGUUCACGCUGACGGUGACGGACGAGCGGAACCUGAGGAGCAGCGACACGGUGACGGUCAUCGUCAGAGAAGAAAAGGACCAGCCUCCUGUGGCUCGGGUUCUGUCCAGUCCACCCGUCUUCCUGCCGGUCAGAACCGCGGUUCUGGAUGGGUCUCGCUCCACUGAUGAUAAAGGUGGUACCAGCUUCCUGUGGACCCGAGACGACAGCAGCCCUGCAGCCGGGGAUGUUCUGAACAACUCGGACCACCAGGCGGUUCUGUUCCUGGGGAACUUGGUGGAGGGAAAGUACUCGUUCACCCUGACUGUGACCGACAGACAAGGUCAGAGCAGCUCGGAGAGGGGAGCAGUGGAGGUCCGAGCAGAAGUGUGGCAGAAGGACCUGGUGGAGCUGCUGCUGGAGGUCCCCGUGUCGCAGGUGUCGCAGCGUCAGCGCGACAUGCUGCUCCGGCAGGUCGGCGUCCUGCUGGGCAUGCUCGACGGUGACAUCAUCGUCAGGGAGAUCAGCGCGUUUAACGAGCGCAGCACCCGGCUGGUGUUCCUGGUGUCGGGCGGUCCGGACCGACCUCCUCUGCCGGGUCGCAGCGUGGCGCUCAGCCUUCGAAACAAACUGCGCAAACAGAAGAACGACUUCCUGAUCUUCAAGGCUCGACGCGUGGACACCGUCGUCUGCCAGAUGAACUGCUCGGGCCACGGCGAGUGCGACGCCUUCACCCGGAGGUGUGUGUGUCACCCAUUCUGGAUGGAGAACUUCAUCAGAGCUCAGCUCGGAGACGCAGAGAGCAACUGUGAGUGGAGCGUUCUGUACGUCACCAUAGCCUCCUUCAUGCUGGUGGUUUCCGUGGCGACGGUUGUCUGGUUGAUUGUGUGCUGCUGCAGCAGGCGUAGGAGCAAAGCUCGGCGGAGCAAAAGUCGAUAUAAGAUGCUGGAAGGAGACGAGCAGGAGAGUCUGGAGCUUCAUCUGCCGAGAGCCGCCCGCCUGAAGCCCGUACCUCCUCCCUCCUCCUCGGCUCUCAUGCACUCAGACUCGGAGUUUGACAGCGAUGAAAGACAGGAGCGUGGACACCUGCUUCGACCCCAGAACGGCUCCCUGAGGAACGGCCAGGGGCCCCCGAGGGCCCUGAAGCCCAGAGAGGAGCACCUAUAGCAGUAGCUCCUCUUCAUCGAUGAAGGCUGACUGUUGUUUCUGCUCCGACUCUGAGCCAGAGCCAGGAGGAGACUACACCAUCCUGAUCCCUGAGGGGGUUCUGACCCACUCCAAAUGGUUACACACUGAAAGAGGAAGUUACCUGUUUUACUUCCUGUCUCACACAGGCACGCUCAGACCAAACACUGCCUCUGACCCAAACAGAACCACCGGUACCACCAGACCCGCCUCCCCCUGCAUGAGGAGUGGCGGGCCGACACCGAAGCAUCUGCUGCAUGGUUGUGUGUUUUCUGCGUGUCAUCAAGGCUUUUAUUCUGAAGGCCGGCUGCAGAUCCAACAGACUCUUACUGUGAAGGCCUGUGAGUGACUUUAACAAACACUGGAGAGCGCAGCGAGGAGGAGGAGGAGGAUGAAGACGCUGACGAACACAAGCUGCACUUUGAUGUAACGUCUCGUUUUGUUGUUGGUGUGAAUUUUCAAACUUUGUUCCUGUUUGAGUCAGAAGUCGAUAAAGUUUUAUUCCUGAGGGUUCGUUUUCUCCUCUGCUUUUAUGUUCAUCUCUGUUGAGGGUCACAGCUGCAGGGGAUGUUGGGACGAGUCUUCCUGGUCCUACGAGCCAACAUCUCGUCACAGUGAGGGUUCUGCUGCUGCCUUUCACUUUAAAUAAAUCAGAUUUCUUUGUUUCUGCCGUUAAAGACGCAGAAUCUAAACUUUUAUUUCAACACGUUUGAAGAGACUCAUCCAUCAGGGUUCUGAUGGUCGGACCGAACAGAACCGGCCUGAUAGUCCCAACGUUGAGCCUGGACCAGACGUGAGGCGCACCGAGCUGACCUCGACUCUGCAGAGUUCACUGACGCAGAACCUGAAUGUUUUUUUUCUGCUGCAACCGGACCGUCUGUCAAGUCCAAAUAAAAUGUUCUGGUUUUGAA